AUGUCCGACGCAUCAGUGGAUAAGUCGCCUCUGUCGCCGCAGGCCUACACGGUAGGGUUGAUCACAGCCUUGCCUGUCGAAUACGCUGCCGUCGUGGAAAUGCUGGACGAGAGACACCAGCCACCACACAUCCAAGGAGAGGCUGACGUACAAUAUACAAAUGGCCGAAUCCACAGCCAUAACGUAGUAAUCGCUUGCCUCCCGGCUGGUGAGCCUGGCCUUACCUCUGCCACCACUGUCGCUACAGAAAUGACUAGCCAUUUUCCCAACAUUAAAUAUCGUCUCCUCGUUGGGAUCGGGGGUGGAAUCCCAAGCGAUAUCGAUAUUAGACUGGGAGAUGUUGUCGUGAGCCAACCCAGCAAUGGCCACGCCGGGGUGGUGCAGUUUGACCUUGGGAAGCGUCUGCCGAAUGGACGGUUCCAACAAACCAGCCAUCUCAAUAAGCCACCAAGACCUCUGCUGCAGGCUUUAUCGGAGGUUCAAAGAAAACAUAUGCUGGAUGAGGGUUCGUUUACGGAAUACUUAUCGCAGCUUGGGGAAAGGCGGAGCAAGUUCAGACGUGAAAAGGCCGGACCGGACUGCCUUUUCCCAUCUGAAUAUCCCCAUAAGAGAGGCAACAACUGUGACCGAUGUUCCAAGAAGAUGCUCGUAGAGAGAGAACCACGGUCAGAAGAGGAGCUGGUACAAGUGCACUACGGCACGAUUGCGUCGUCAAACUCUCUUAUUAGAGACGGAGUCGAACGGGAUAAAAUCUACGAAGAUCUUGGCGGCAACAUCCUCUGUUUCGAGAUGGAGGCUGCCGGGCUGAUGAAUGACUUCCCUUGCCUUGUGAUCCGUGGUAUCUGUGAUUAUGCAGACUCACACAAAAACAAGAGGUGGCAGCCUUUUGCAGCAGCUACGGCAGCAGCAUACGCAAAGGAGUUGCUCCAGGUGAUUUCACUAAACAAAGAUGCAGAAUUCGACGAGAUCCAAGGCAAGUAUUUCAUUACCUACCUAUUUGAUCGCCACACUGUUAUGUCUCCAUGGAUUUUACCAUUCAACCGAAAUCCUCAUUUCACUGGCCGCUACAAGCUGCUAGAAAGACUCCAAUAUUGUCUUAAUGACCCUCAGAACCACCCAUCAAUCGCUAUACACGGCAUUGGUGGCACCGGGAAGAGCGCUGCCGCUGUCGAGUUCGCCUAUCAAGCCCGCAAGAGCAAUCCCACUCUAGCGGUUUUCUGGGUUUCUUCAUUUACAAAGGAGCGUUUUCUAGAAUCAUAUCGCGAGAUCGCGCUACAGAUUAAAAUUUCAAAAACGGACGAUUGCGAUGACGAUAUUCUCAAACACGUCCGAAAGAAGUUGAGCGAAGGAUCCAUGCGCAGAUGGCUCAUCAUAGUCGACAAUGUGGACGACGGCUCGGUCCUCUUUGAUGCUAAUGAGAGCGGUGAUCGGCUAUAUGAUUAUCUCCCCCAUAGUCCGCAAGGGAUUAUUCUCUUCACUACCCGAACCCGCAAAAUCGCUAUCGAUGUGGCUCCUCAUGAUACUUGGUCACUUGGCGAGAUGGAUUGUUGCGAGGGAAAACAGCUGUUACGGAAGCUCUUCGGGAAUGAACAAUAUUUAGCAGACAACGCGCUGGAAAAAUUCUUAGAGAUGGUCAUAUCACAUCCUCUCGCUAUUAUCCAGGCUAUCGCGUUUAUCAGAAAAAACGGCAUCUCCCUGGAACGCUAUAUGGAAUUGUUCGAAGAGAGCCGCAGUUCCAGGACUGAGCUAUUGCGGGAAGCUUUCAAUGACCCCAACAGAGACAGGGAAUCGAGAAACGCCGUUUUCCUCACUUGGAAGAUUUCUUUUAUGCGGAUAGAAGAAGAGGACAAAGUUGCAGCUGCUUACCUUAGCAUCUUGGCUUGCAUUGCACCGCAAAACAUCCCACGAGCGAUUUUCCCACCCGCAGAAUCAGAAAUUAGUCGGGAAAAAGCGCUUGGCACACUAAAGGCAUAUUCGUUUUUGAGCAAGCGGACUGACGGGGAUAUUUACGACGUUCAUCCCCUAAUUCCAGGCAUCGUGCAAGAACAUCUAAGAGAGAGAGACAGAUGGCACGCAGUCACGGUUAUUAGCGUUUUCUGGUUAAGAUGUUUGAUUCCAGACGGGGGCUAUGAGAAUUUGAAAGAGUACCCGCCGUUUCUUCCCCAUGGAAAAGCUUUUGCAGAAAUUCCCGAAUUGAGGCGCGAGCCGGAUGUGCUAUUCUUGCUUCGCAGCGUUGGUCAAUGUUACAACAGUCUCGGACAAGGCGCAAUCGCCAUUCAAAUAUUCGAAGACGCCCUUGAACGCUUUAAUCAACAGUUUGGCCCAAAAAGCCAUCAGACUCUUCAUACCAUGCAUCUCUUGGGGAAAGCAUUUCAAACACACAAGAGUUAUAAAGAGGCAGCACGUACAUUCGAAGAGCUGUUGAUAUUGGAGAAAGAAGCCAUUGGCGAUGAAGAUCCUCGGACACUGGUUACUCGAUCCACCCUAGCAUCAGUAUAUCAGUCUCAAGGCAAAUGGCAUGAGGCUAAAAGAUUAUAUUUGCAGGUAAUGGAGUCAAGGAAGCGAGUGCUGGGUGAGGAUCAUCCCGAUGUAAAACAUAGUGAAAUGGAUUUAGCCUUGUUGCACCGGGAUCAAGAUCGAGGGGCUGAAGCUGAACUACUGCUGUUACGGGCCCUUGGACGAACAUUGUUAAGCCCUACGAAUGACUUCAACAAUGUUAUUUUCAUCAAGUCUCAGUUGGCAUUCAUAUACCAAUGUACAGGCCGAUGGAAGCUGGCUGAGGAGGUUGGAUCACAAUUGGUCGCUGCUUCGAAGAAAAUUCUUGGCGAGGAUCAUCCUGACACCUUGGAGUUUCUUGCCAGCAUGUCGGGAAUCUAUCAAGGACAAAAUCGGUGGAGCGAAGCGGAAGAAGUGCUGUCACGGGUAAUCGAGACCAGAAAAACCAUCCUCGGUAAUGAACAUCCCGAUGUCCUGGCUGCGCAGGCAAAUCUUGGUUUGGUAUAUCAGAAGCAAGGAAAAUUACAGAAAGCCGAAGACCUACAAGUGAAAGUGAUCGCGGUCAUGAAAAAGGUAUUCGACCAUGACGAACUUGAUCUCUUGCUUGCUCAGGGAAACCUAGCAUUCACAUAUCACAAGCAAGAACGGUGGGCGGAGGCAGAGAAGCUAUUCCUGGAGCUGGUAAAAGUCAUGAGCCGAACGCUAGGUGACGAGCAUUCAGAAACCUUGAAAGUGAAGAUGAACUUGUCAUUCACGUAUCGAAGCCAGAAGCUGUUGGAGAAGGCUGAAGACUUGCAACUGGAGGUGAUGCAUACCAGACGGCGUGUGCUUGGAGACAGUCAUCCUUGUACUCUCGUAAGCAUGCAUAGCCUUGCUCUCACUCUGAUGUGCUCAUUCCGUGUCAGUGAAGCUAUGGAGCUUGUGGGACCAAUUCUUGAUAAUUCUAGUGAGGUAUCUCCUCUGGGGGGCCAGCCCACCAUCAUAAUUCGAUGCUGGGACUCGGCCGAGGAGUCACUUUGGAAACAUGUCAUCGGUCGAGGAUUGUUUAUGUCUUCAACCCAAUUCAACGUUUUCGAACGUAAAGAUGUCUCAGAUGCAUCAUCAAGCUAG